CAUGACCGCGUGAUGAUGAUUCAGCAUGAAUGCGAAUAUCGAAGCAUGACAUUUAUUUAAAACUUUCAAAUGCCAAUCUGAUUCAAGUAAAUUUUUUUUCCACUACUAAUCAUGGAUAAUCAACAAAAAUUAAUCGAUGAAUUUAUGACUGUCACCGAAGGUGACAAUCAAACAGCUCAAGAAUAUCUGAAAAAACAUUCAUGGAAAGUUGUUGAAGCCAUAAAUGAUUAUUUUGAAUGGAUGAUUAAUGAAGAAUAUUGUCGAAACGAAAAACAACAAGAAGAACAAGAAUAUAAUGAUGAACCUGAUCAAAAGAAAGCAAAAGUUCAACAUGAUGAUGAUCGACAAAAAUUAAUCGAUGAAUUUAUGGCUGUCACCGAAGGUGACAAUCAAACAGCACAAGAAUAUCUGAAAAAACAUUCAUGGAAAGUUGUUGAAGCCAUAAAUGAUUAUUUUGAAUGGAUGCAUGAAGAAUAUUGUCGAAACGAAAAACAACAAGAAGAACAAGAACAAGAAUCUAAUGAUGAUAAAGCAAAAGUUCAACAUGAUGAUGAUGACGAUGAUGACGAUGGCAAUAGAAAUCAACAACUUCGAUUAUUUCGUCAUAUAACAUAUAAUAUUGAUAGUUUGAAUGAACAAAAUCUUAAAAUUCGCAUCAAAGCUAUAUGUAAAAUUAUUAUGGAUGAAAAAGCUACUAUUGUAUUUUUACAAGAAGUUCGCAAUGAAUCUGAACAGAUUAUUCGAAAAAAUUUAUCCAAUCAUUUUGAAAUGUUUUCUGGUUUUAUAGCCCAUUCAACCGAUUAUUAUACAAUGACUUUAGUGGCUAAAAAAUCAUGGAUCCAAAUUGAUAAUGGACAACAAAUUAUCAAUUUCAAAGAUACUCGAAUGGGACGAAAUAUUCUUCGUACUGAUAUCACCAUCGAUAAUGCUAAGUUAUGUUUGUUGAAUACACAUCUUGAAAGUACGAAAGAAUUUUCAGCCAUUCGUCAACAACAAUUGGCGCAUCUAUUACGAAUGUUUGAUUCAAUUGAUAAACAACAUACAAUUAUUGCUGCCGGUGAUUUUAAUCUACGUGACAAAGAGCUUGCUGCAAUUGGUGGCCUACCAUCGAAUGUUCAAGAUGCGUGGUUGGCAACAGGACGUCGUCGUGAAGUUCAAUAUACUUGGGAUAUGUUACGUAAUGAUAAUCUUCGAUACAACGAUGAUGAUGAAUCGGGACGACAAUCUUCAAGUGGUGGUGAUGGUCAACGACAAUUCAAACCACGUAUGCGUUUUGAUCGAGUGUUUGUACGUUGUUCCGUACCAUCAUCACAAAUAGAUCUUGUUCAUUUUGGAUUGAUUGGUCUACAACGUUUGAAACCUCAUGUUUGUUUUCCCAGUGAUCAUUGGGGUGUCAUUACAUCAUAUCAAAUUUAUCCAAACUCAUCAUAAUACAAUUUAUUCAAUUCAUUUAUACAUUUAUACCUUUUAAUGUCAUUACAACAGCUUUGUUUGUUUUCAUUUUUUUCUGUUGAAUCAUUUGUUGAAUAAAUUUCUAAUCUAUUUUUUAAA